AUGAGCGACAAGGAAACAGCAUCCACCCUUACCGGCAGCCUGGGUGACUGCAAAGAAGGAUCAUCAACCUCAAGACGUUCCGAGAGCCCCGUCAUCCUUGCUGAAAAGCCACCGGAAGAUGCCGAAACCGAAGAUGCAGGACCAGAGUACAAGCGCGAGAUCCACGGCAUCAAGUGGGUCUUGACCGUUGGUGCUAUUCUGUCAUGCGUCUUCCUGUACGCCCUCGACACGACCGUGGUAGCAGACAUCCAACCAAACAUCAUUGCGUCUCUCGGAGAUUUCCAAAAGUUCCCGUGGCUUGCCACCGCCUAUGCGCUCCCUGCAACUGCAUUAGUGCUCAUCCAGUCCAAGAUGUACGGAAUCUUUGACAUCAAAUGGCUCUACUUUGGCUAUGUCGUCUGCUUCGAGGUUGGCAGCGCCAUUUCCGGUGCCGCUCCUACCAUGGACUCCCUGAUCGUCGGGCGCAUGAUUGCAGGUGUUGGUGGCUGCGGCAUCUAUGUCGGCUCUUUGACCUUUUUCAGCGUCGUGACGACCCCCAAGGAACGCCCCCUCUACAUUGCUCUCAUCUCCCCCACGUGGGGAAUCGGCACCGUCAUGGGCCCAAUCGUCGGCGGUGGAUUCGCAGAAAGCACCCUCGGAUGGCGAUGGGGCUUCUACAUUAACCUCUUGAUCUUCGCGAUUGCCGGACCCAUCCUAGUGUUCAUCUUGCCUUCUAUCGACUUUGCCAAGGGCCAGACCGCCAAAGAGCGUCUGGGCAAGAUUGACUGGCUCGGACUGGGUAUCUGGACUGGCUGGUGCGUGUCCUUCUUCAUGGCCAUUACCUACGGCGGUACUCUGUUCGAGUGGGAGUCCCACAGCAUGAUUAUCCUCUGGGUCUUUGUCGUCGUGCUCGCCAUCGCCUUCAUCUUGACGCACAAGUUCUACCCCUUCGUCGAGAAGGAAAACCGACUUUACCCCAGCCACAUGCUUCGAAACCUCAAGCUGGGCAUCUUGCAAGUCGCCACAUUCUCCGCCGCCUCGGCCGUAUACAUCCCCAUCUACUACCUCCCACUAUACUUCCAGUUCGCCCGGGGUGAGUCGCCCGUGGAUGCCGCCAUCAAGCUCCUGCCCUUUGUCUUCAUGAUCUCCACCGUUGCCAUUCUCAACGGUUUCUUCAUGUCCAAAUGGGGCUACUACAUGCCAUGGUUCCUAGUAGGUUCUGUCCUGGCGGUCGUGGGAGGCGCUCUCAUGUACACGGUCGCAGUCGACACCAGCGUCUCUGCCAUCUACGGAUACAGCGUACUGCUCGGUAUUGGCGGGGGUUGCUUCAUGAUCACCGCCUUUGGCUGUGUCUCCGACAUUGUCGAGCCUAAGGACAUCUUCAACGCCAUUGGUGUCAUCAGUCUUGUCCAGUGCCUGGGCAUUACCUUCUUUCCCUCGCUUAGCGGCAGCAUCUUCCAGAACAUGGGAGCCAAAUACACUGCCCCUCUCUUGCCCGCAGACUUCAGCGGAGACCCGCGCGUCAUCCUUGCUGGAGCCAGUGGCACCGAGUGGCAGAGCUUCUCCGAAGACAUCCAGGCCAAGCUUGUGGUCGCUAUUGUCGAUGCGAUGAGCAAUGUUUACAUUAUGAUCAUCCUGUCAGCUGGUAUCACAGCGCUUCUCUCCCCCUUCCUUGGUUUCCGCAAAGUAGGCGGUGGGCAAGUCGCAGCUAUGGCUUAA